AUGGGUCUGCAAACUUUACCAGCCGACAACAACCAGAGUAAGGAUAUCAGGAAUAUUGUAAGGGUAUCAAGAAUACAACAGUGUUAUGAUAACACCAUCGAAAAUACAGCGGUGAUGACGACGAUUACGACGGGAGUGGGCGAUAGCAGUCCAAUGACUGGAUUUAGCAGCAGCGACAGCAGUUUAAUGACUGGAUCGAUGAUCGGUCGUUUCAAAAAGAAAACUCACCACUUACCUGCAUAA